GUGCACGCACACGCGCUCUCUCAUGGACAUGCGAUCGCGCGCGCCGCCCCGAAUCGUAUAUGCGUGUGCGGCGGCGGCGGCGGCGGCGUAAAAGUUGUACCGAGCCCGCGGGCACGCCGUGAAAUUGUACACGCACCGCCGCCGCCGUACGCGUUUAAGGUGGCCGCGAACACGGCACCGUCGUCGUCCGCACUCGGCACCGCGUCAGUAGACGUAUACUGCCCGCUGUGCGCGCACUCUUCAACCGUACGCGGUCCGUCCGUCUUCUCGUCGACCCGUGCUGAUUAGAUAUUAGGCAGUACACCACAUUUCGGGAUCGCAGUCGGCGGUGAAACGUUUUCGAACGAAACAAGCGUCAACAUUUCGAAGCCCGUAGUAAAAUCUUAUAAUGUGGUGGCCCCGGCCACGAUGGAAGAGUGAUUUGUUCACGUAUUGUACACUACUGUUAUUCAUCACGAUCACGACAACGUCAGACGCAGUUAUGGCCGACGAAGGGCAGCAUUGCGGUGGAGCUAAUAUGUCCGCUGUGGUAUGGACGACGGCCCUUUGCACAACGCUAUUGGUGUUGGUGGUUGUUGCGAUUUAUUUCAUAUACUGCAGAAGAAGAGAAAACGACUGGUCGUCCUUAUGGUGGAAAAACAACUCAGCAGACAAGAACCUUGUAUUGCAAACAUCGCUUCCGACAAAGGACCAGCAACAGAAAACCGGUGGCACUGAUAACCCAGCAUUUUUAGUUGAUACUUAUAUCGGCGACCGUGUUGGAAAAACAGGAUUGACCAAGAUCGUGCGUCUACCGCAAUCGACUGUUAAUGGUGGGUCGCUGGGAAUUGAACUGACGAAAGAAAGUGACAAACAAAUAUAUACGUGUAAACACAGCGAUGGAUCAAAAGAACGGCUGGUAGCUUUGCGGUUGGUAUUCGAUAAGGAUCAACAGCAGCAACAGUGCGGUCCGCCUUCGGAUCUGAGCCGGGCCCUGGUCGAACUGAGUAGCAGAUACGGUUUGCGCGUUGAACUGGAAACCGAAGGAGAAGUCGCGGUGGUGGCACAGCCGACGGUGGCGGCCGAAAAGAGCGACGAGGAAACGGUCAAGCUCGCGAAACCGAAUCUUUUGUCAACGGUCCGGGACAAGGCGCAACGUCUGUGGCAUCAGGGACAAGUGGUGUUCAAAGGCGUUGACCGCGCGGACAUCGAGAACGACGCUGGUGACCUGGAAAGCGCGGAGAGCGGCCGUGCGGCCACGGGCGCCGCGCCGAUGCAAAAGCUUACGUGCACGGUGACGACGGUGGACGAGACCGCGACCGCGGUGCAGCGUGAGGCCGACACUCGGAACGGCAGCGGAUCGUUGCGGUACCGGACGCUGGAAUACGGAGCUUCGCCCGGAGACGCCGCAGCGUACUCGUCCCCGGACAGCGGCGUUCAGUGUUGUUCGGUCAACGUGCCGGAACCCAUCGCGGUGGCUCCGGUGUCGUCGGUGAUGGCUGUGGCGGCGGCGGCGGCGGCGGUCGCGGACGUGGACGUGGCUCCGGAUCGAGGCGCAGUAGCGGCGGCUUCGGAUCGAGACGCGAUCGUAUCGGGUAGAGACGUGACUUCGACAGCUCCGGAUCCGCAACACGCGGCUGUAGCUGCACCGGAUAAACAUGCGGUGGUCGGCAACAACGAUGACGACGAGAAGUUAUCGACGACCAAACCGAAACAUACAGCACCAACUAAGCCGAAUCGCAACGAACCUAAGACUACGGCACCAACAAAACCGGAUCGCGACGAACCGAAACAUACGGCACCAACUAAACCGGAUUGCGACGAACCGAAAACCACGGCACCAACAAAACUGGAUCGCGACGAACCGAAAACCCCGGCACCAAUCGAAUCUAAUCACGACGAACGAAAACAUACGGGGGCCAACCCUCCGCCGCCGCCACCCCGCAAGUACAGCGCGCCCGUCGUACCAUCGGUUGUGACCGUUCCGCGUUCUACCGCUUCCAGUACUGCUGACGCCACUACUGUUAUCGCUACCGACACCGAUACUGCUAUCGCUACGGAUGCCGCCACGGUCACCGACGCAGUACAACGGCCUUCUACUGUUUCGGAUGCAUCGCCCGCACUGCCGACCACAGGCCCGCCUCGGGCCAUGAACGAAAUACGAAUGGACGACGACUAUUACUGGUGCACCACAACCGCAAUGGCGGCGCCGCAGAUGUCAACGUUCGGUAAAAGCCCGUCGGCGACUGGCGACACAGCCGAAGCAACAAAUCGUAACGGAAACGCGGCCGUCCGCAAUGCUGCUGCAACGGUAGACGAGAAAAGUGCUGCGGUAGACGGGAAAUACGCGGCGGUCGCGAUGACGGCAGACGACGUGGGACGGGACGUGGUGAGCGCCACCGGCACCACGACCAGCAUCGAGGACGCGUCGUUGCCGUCGUUUUCGUCCGACGAGGACGAGGACGACGACGACAACGGCGCAUUCACGGACAACAAAGCGAAGUUGCCGGCCGGUACAACUGUCGAACCGCAGAACGGCAGCGGUGAUAAGGCGUGCAACCGAGAGGUCGGCAUCAGUAGCGGCUGUAAGAACGUGGCCGCUGCAAAGGCCGACUGUGACGCAGGGCCCACCGUGGCGGAAUCGAAAUCGCCCACAAGGUUGCCGACCCUAAGGUUGUCCCUGUCCUCCCCGCUGUCCACAACCGCCACUACGUCGUGUUGCUCUUCUUCGGCUUCAUCCACGUCGUCGUCGCCCACGAACAACAGCAGUAGCAACCACAACAACAACAAUAACAACAACUCGCCAAUCGUGUCGAAGAUACCGGUGCGACGGCAAUCGGCCGGCAGCAGCAUCGGCGCCGCGGUCGUUUCCUCGCCAAUGCCGAACGGCACCACGAAAAAAUCUAUACCCUUGCCGCUGUCUAGGAGCGGUUCCCGGUUAGCUAUGUGGUCGUCGGCCAAUUGAUGUUUUUUCGUCCCUCAAACAUUUAUUAUCGCAAUGUAGGUAUUUACUAUGCAUACCAAUAGUGUUUUUAAAUACAUUUAUUAUCACAGUACUAUAUUAUUAUUAUUUUUUAUUAUUAUGCGAAAAUUAAAAUAU